CCCUACCCUCUCUGUCCAGGGACAUGCUGAUCACCAGCUUGGACGCGGCCAGCACCUUCGAGGAGCUCUGUGAGGAAGUCAGAGACAUGUGCAGCCUCCGCCAGGGGCAGCCGCUCACCCUCAAGUGGGUGGACAGUGAAGGGGACCCCUGCACCGUGUCCUCCCAGAUGGAGCUGGAGGAGGCCUUCCGCCUGUCCUGUCAACGCAAGGACGAAGGGCUCACCAUUCACGUUUUCCCGAGCAGCCCCGAGCAGCCCGGCAUGCCCUGCCCAGGAGAGGACAAAUCCAUCUACCGCCGCGGAGCCAGAAGAUGGAGGAAGCUGUACCGCGCCAACGGCCAUCUCUUCCAAGCCAAGCGCUUUAACAGGAGAGCGUACUGCGGCCAGUGCAGCGAGAGGAUAUGGGGGCUCGCGCGGCAGGGCUACAGGUGCGUCCACUGCCAGCUGCUGGUCCAUAAACGCUGCCACGUCCUCGUCCCGCUGACCUGCAGAAGGCAUAUGGAUUCUGUCAUGCCUUCCCAAGAACCUGCAGUAGGUGACAAGGACGACGACGUGGACCUUCCUUCCGAGGAGACCGGUGGAAUCACUUACAUCCCUUCCACCCGGAAGCGCGACAGCAUCAAAGAUGACGCCGAGGCCCUCAAACCGGUCAUCGACGGGAUGGACGGGAUCAAAAUCUCUCAGGGGCUGGGGCUGCAGGACUUCGACCUGAUCCGGGUCAUCGGGCGCGGGAGCUACGCCAAGGUCCUCCUGGUGCGGCUCAAGAAGAACGACCAGGUGUACGCCAUGAAGGUGGUGAAGAAGGAGCUGGUGCACGACGACGAGGACAUCGACUGGGUGCAGACGGAGAAGCACGUGUUCGAGCAGGCCUCCAGCAACCCCUUCCUGGUCGGCUUGCACUCCUGCUUCCAGACGACCAGCCGGUUGUUCCUGGUCAUAGAGUAUGUCAACGGCGGGGACCUCAUGUUCCACAUGCAGAGACAGAGGAAGCUUCCGGAGGAGCACGCCAGAUUCUACGCCGCCGAGAUCUGCGUCGCCCUCAACUUCCUACACGAGAGAGGAAUCAUCUACCGGGACCUGAAGCUGGACAACGUGCUGCUGGACGCCGACGGCCACAUCAAGCUAACAGACUACGGCAUGUGCAAGGAAGGCCUGGGCCCCGGUGACACAACGAGCACUUUCUGCGGAACCCCAAACUACAUCGCCCCGGAAAUCCUGCGGGGGGAGGAGUACGGGUUCAGCGUGGACUGGUGGGCGCUGGGCGUCCUGAUGUUCGAGAUGAUGGCCGGGCGCUCCCCGUUCGACAUCAUCACCGACAACCCCGACAUGAACACCGAGGACUACCUGUUCCAAGUUAUCCUGGAGAAGCCCAUCCGGAUCCCGAGGUUCCUCUCGGUCAAAGCCUCCCAUGUCUUGAAAGGAUUUUUAAACAAGGACCCCAAAGAGAGGCUUGGCUGCCGGCCGCAGACCGGAUUCUCCGACAUCAAGUCCCACGCAUUCUUCCGCAGCAUAGACUGGGACCUGCUGGAGAAGAAGCAGGCACUGCCCCCGUUCCAGCCGCAGAUCACCGACGACUACGGGCUGGACAACUUCGACACGCAGUUCACCAGCGAGCCGGUGCAGCUGACCCCCGACGACGAGGACGUCAUAAAGCGGAUCGACCAGUCGGAGUUCGAGGGCUUCGAGUACAUCAACCCGCUGCUGCUCCCCACCGAGGAGUCCGUGUGAGGCGCCCCGCGGACACGUCUGCGGACGACCCCCAACUGUCCUUACCCACAGCGCAUGCAUGCCAGGCCGGCGCCCCCGGCUCGCCGGGGAGGGGGG